AUGCAGUGCUGCGUCGCUCUAGACGGUGAACAGUCGGAGUUUUUCCCCGUUACCUGUGGGGUAAAACAAGGGUGUGUUUUAGCACCCACGCUGUUCGCGUUGUACUUUGCAGUAGUAGUCCGGGAAGUUCUGCAAACUUCGGUUGAAGGUGUCCGCAUCCGUUUUCGCACAAAUGGUAGACUUUUCAAUUUGGCUAGAUUGAAAGCGUGUACCAAAGUGUCUUACGCCAUGAUCACAGAGAUCAUGUAUGCCGAUGACCUUUGCUUUUUAGCGGAAACCCCAGAUGGACUUCAGCAGCUGAUGUCGCGUUUUCAUCAGGCUUGCUGCAAAUUUGGCCUAAAGAUUAAUGUCAAAAAGACGGAGGUGAUGUCCACAGACAUGCAUGGUCAUGAGACAUUGUCAAUAAAGCUUGGUGAGGAUGUGCUUCAGCAAGUUGAUAAGUUCUGUUAUUUGGGGAGCACUAUAACAUCUAAGUGUGACCUUGAUGCUGAGAUCAAUAGCAGGAUUCGUACUGCUGCAGCAGUAAAACUCGGCGAUGUAGACUUAUUCAGUGACUUAGAACUGGAGCAAAAUGUGUUCAACACUAUACAAAAAUUUAUUUGUGAACUGUACAACGUGGCCGGAAUAAUUGACGUAGAUGCUGCCCGACUCCAACUCUUCAUCAACACUUAUAUGGUUUGUGACGUAAAUGAAGAGUUCAAUCGUAAAAAUGUGAAAAACUUUGAUGCUAGUAACUUACCACCAUGCAAAAGUGAGCUUUCACAGCAGUUUCGACGAGCUAAUUAUAUCACUAGUCUCUGGAAGAAUGCUCAUAUGAAGAAAAUUAGUAUUUUUAGUCCUGACAAUAAUGGGUGGACGUUGAAAGAUAAUAAAUAUCAUUUUAACUGGUUCGAUGGGAACCAAUUGCCGAGCUUUGUCAUUGAAUCGCUUCAAGAAGAAUCAGAAAAUGAAAGUAAUAUGGAUGAUAAUGAAGAUAGUCAAUGCCAACAUUGGGUUGAUAAUGACUUAUCAAACUUAGACGAUGAUGACAGUAAAGAUCACGCUAAAUGUUCAAACUACAAA